AUGGCAAUCGCCAAACGUUGUGCUCCAGACGCUGAGGAAGACCCUUGGGAUGCGCACUCGAGCAUAAUGACAUGGGCAUCCUCAAUCUUGCUCGCCAUAAUCUUCCUCAUCGUGCUAGGGGUUUCGACCAUCUGGCUCACCGUCCACCCGAGGCAGCUCCAGUUCGCCGUCGAGGACGUCUUGGUCUCUAACUUCAAGCCCAACAACAACCGGAGCCGCCUCGUCACUGCCAACUUCAGCAUCAAGAUGUCGACCAACAACUCCAAUCACCGGGUCACAUUCACCUAUGAAUCAAUGAAUGUGUCCGUGAAGAUCCGGGACCAAAUUCUCGCGUCCGCCAACGGCCCGCCUCUAUUCCACGACAAGGACAAAUUCAAGGAGUUCUGGGUGUAUCUCACGUCAAAUAAUGUGGAGCUACAUGGGUCCACGUUGAAGGACUGGAAGGAAACGGGAUUCGAGGACAUCAAGAUCAACGUGAUCAUUCAGGCGCGCGUCAAGUUCAAGGCCCUGCAUUGGAAGCAGGACCACUGCAGGAUCCAGAUAUUCUGCGGCGAAGUGGAGGCCCACUCACCGGGGAAGGCCUUUAAGCAGACCAACUGCGAUGUCGAACUUUGA